AUGACUGGCGGUCUUGAUCGAAUGGGCAAGAUGGUCAAGUCUGAUGGCUACCAGGCGGGCACUGUUCAGGGAAAUCCCCAAUCAUCCGCGGAGACAACCGUUGUCGAGGCCGCGUCUGACGACAGUGACGAAGGCGUAACGAUCCAUGCCGACUCGGCCACUCCCGUCAUCGUCAGCACCCAGUCUUCCCCAAUCUCGAAGAAGGAGCAAAAGUGA